AUGGGCAAUUCAAAAGAAGGCUUCGAAUAUCAAACGAACAACACCAUCGACGAUUCACCCAUCAUAGCAAGCGUACCCGGCUAUGACCCCAACAUCCAGCCUUUACCCAAUGAAGAGCGCAAAGCCCUCCUGAAAGUAGACCUCUACCUUUUACCCUUCAUCGUCCUCUGUUUCUGCUUCCUUCAAUUCGACCGCACAAAUAUCAGCAAUGCUCUAACCUCCACUUUCGCCGCGGACCUGCACGUCAACAACUCAAAUAUCAAUCUCGCACAGACCUUGUUCACCGUUGGCUUCGUCAUCACCGAGCUACCCUUUAACAUGAUAAGUCGGUACAUCGGCGCUGAGCGGUUCUUGCCUGUAACCAUGGUCCUCUGGGGCGUGGCGACGUGGUGUCAGAUCUUUGUCCGGAACGCGUCCGGUUUAUAUGCGAUUCGGUUUUUCAUCGGUGCUCUCGAGGGUGGUUACAUCCCGAGUUUUGCCUUGUAUAUUUCCAAGUUUUAUACGAACCAAGAACUGGCGUCGAGGUUUGCGAUUUUCUGGGCGUCAAAUAGUUUUGCGGGGAUUUUAGGGGGACCGCUUGCGAUUGGGUUGUUGUCGUUGGCAGGGCGAGGAGGGUUGCGGGGAUGGCAGUGGUUGUUCCUUAUCGAAGGAAGCCUGACAUGCUUCCUGGGCGUGGUGAUGUACUUCUACCUCCCGCACAGCGCAGCAACACCCAAACAUAUUUUCGGAAAAUCUUACAACAUCUUCACGCCUCGUGAGGCGACCAUCUUGAUCAAUCGUGUUAUCAAAGACGAUCCAACAAAGGGUCUUCGAUACGGAAAACCUGUACUCCCCUCACACAUCCUCGAGACUUUCGCAGAUUGGAGACUGUACGGCCAUCUAGUAGCUGCGUUUCUGUCCAUGAUCAUGAUUUCGCCGAUGAAUACUUAUGCACCGUCUAUUAUCAAGAGCCUGGGUUUUACGAGUUUGCAGGCGAAUGGUUUGAAUUCCGUGGGGAGUGCAUGCGCGUUGGUGUUUUCCGUGUCGUUGGCAUUUAGUAGUGAUAAACUCGGCGAAAGGGGCGUUCACAUCGCUAUUGGAUAUUUAUGGGGCGCUGCGGGACUAUUAUGGUUGGCGCUUGCAGCUAAUGGAGUCGACAAAUGGAUUCUCUACGGAGGCGUGGUAUGGACACAAAUGGGCAUGGGAUCCGCUCAAGCCAUCAACGCAGCCUGGCUCACCGCAAAGAUGGAAGACCACAAACGACCCGUGGCCCUGGCUGCGUAUGUCAUGAGUAUCCAGCUUGCCAAUUUCCCGGGUAAUCAGCUAUUUCGAACAAAAGAGCAACCCCGCUCACAAUUUCUCCAAAUGGGCUUCCACUUCGCCCAUCUUUUAGCCUACGGUCAGUCUCUGAGGUCUCCUACAAAAUUACAAAACAGCUCAGCGGCCAUCGAAACUAUCGUCAUUGAAAUGGUGCACCAUUCGGAAAUCAUAUUGAACCUCGCUAUCGAGACUACCGACGAACGCACACGUCAUCUGACAGACCAUAUAUACCACAUAGUAACCUUCUCCGCCCUCACGCUAUGCCGUCUUGUGCAUACAUACGAAGCAAAGCUUACUGCCGCAAAUUAUGAUGUAGCUAGUCUAGACAAUCUUGUCGUAAGACUCGUGGAGUGGCUGAGAUCAAUCGGAUUGCCGUGCCAUGCGGCGCAUAUGUUGGGUAGCAUACUGGCGGCUCAAUUCCAUAAGUUGCGUCCGACGUAUGUGCGGCCGGAGCUUAUUGGUGAGAUUGAGAUGGGAAAUUUCGGUUAUGAGAGCUUCACUGAUGAUGCUUUACUCAAUCCUGACUUUAUUGGUUCGGAGUUCUUUAAUAUUGCGAUGGAUAUGACGCCUUGGCCGCAGUGGGGUUCGAUGUCUCCCUUCCUCUAA